UUAAUUUUUCUAAUAUAAGUUAGAGUCAAGGGAAUGUUUUGUUAUUUCAAAAAUAUGUUUAAUAACUCCAUCUUUACUCUAAUUUUUAUGUGCUUCUGCACUUUUUAUGUAUAUAGUCAAAAUAGUUCGCUUAAAAUGUGUUAUGACUUUAUCAAGUCAACUGCAAGUUUGAACUAUUAUGACAUUAAUAAUGCAAUGUGUGAAGAUUUAGUUUGCCUCAAAACCAAUCACCAAAUUUUUAAGCGUAUGUACGAUACAAAUACUGGGCGUUGGAUCCCUUAUUUAGUAGAUUGCAAAACGACAAUAAGUAUAAAGAAGCACUGUCCAGAUGAACUGUAUGAAAUUCGAUCGCAUAACAAUGUUACAAUUUGCUUAAAAAUUUCAAAGGAAGUUCAAGCUUACAAUGAAGAAUUUUGCUAUGGGUCAAAUAUAAUUACUCCAACAGAAAUUUUCAAAUUAACUAAGUUUUUUAUAAAGAAGAAAAUUAAUGAAUAUUGGCUGCCAACAAGGCGAAUGCCAUUUAAAGUGCGUUUGCCAGCAAAAACGUGGAGGAAAGUAUUACAUAAUAAAUUAAUACAGUUUAAGAACAAAUCUGAUGAACACUGUUGUAAGCACAUCCUAAAUAAUCCAAGUAUGUUGAACUCUGAAAUUGUAGUAGUCGCUGUACCCUGCAACACUUUUAUUAACGCUAUCUGCAUUUUCAAUUCGGAAUUGCUAUAUAGUGCUGGGUGUCCGAACGGUUUUGGAGCCUUAACAUAUCGGCCUCACGACUGUUUUGGUAUUGAUUGGAAGAAAAAAAAAAUUCAAAAUUUUCCAAGAAAAAUGUUCGCAAAGUAUGUGACAGAGAAAAAAAAUAUAUAUUUGUUUAAAAUUGAUUAUUUUUUUGGUACUUUUGGAGCUGAGUAUACUAUUUUAAUGAACCCAUUUAAAAUAAUUAAAAUUGUUGGAAAAGGUAUGAAAUGGGUUUCUGCUUUGAGCAAACAAAAUACCGAGCCAACAAAUGCAGUAAAAAUGGUAUUAAAAGUGGAUGGAAAGACUAAAACGUUAAUACUGCUUGCUUAUAACCGGAAGUACUUGUGGGCAAAUAAGGAAAUUCAUCUUGGAGUAAAAUGUUUUACAUAUUCAGAAUACGGCACUUUAAAAAAAGCAAAGGCGGAUCUUGUUUGUGAGAAAAAAAAGCAAACCUUCUCUAUUUUUCAAGUUAAUUUGGUUUCGAAGUAUGGUACCGAAUAUUAUUGUGAAGGUCACAGAAUUUUAGAUUUCCAGUCAGUGUCCACCCAACUAUUUAUAGCUCCCAUCCCGAGCCAAGGGCAUGGAUUUGUUAGACGUUGGAAUGUCUUAUGUAUUCGUCAUGAUUGCCAGAAUAAUAUGUGCAACGUCUUAAGCAUAGACUCCAUAGUAACUGGUAAGAAACUAAGAAGCCUCAUAAAAAGUAGAACUAGUAAUAGCAACUUAGAUGAGCUUGUUGUACACUGUGUUCGAAUUGUGAAUGUUGAAUGCAAGACGAAAAUGUUUGUGUAUCUCAGUAAAAACUCGACAGCUCUCAUACGUAAUGAAAACCUAUGUUUUCCAGAGCGAUUAUUUUCCAAAAAUGACAUGAAGAACCAAUGGGUAUUAACUCGCUUCGGAAAACUUGCAAGGACUAAAAGAAUAUGCCUUAAAAAAAAUGACAUGCCUUUUUCUAGAUUAUGUAAAGGUGACUUAAGUGGACCCUUUUGGAGAAAAUUAAGAAAACUAAUCGUAUGCAAAAACACAAACAAAAUUACAAAAAUAUUUCAUGAUUUAUGGAAAUCAUAUACGCAUAGCUCGAGUCCAGAAAUAGUAUUAAAUAAUAUUAAAGACAUAAUCACAAAAAACAAAAAAAUACUAGUACCCGUUGAUAUACUGCUUAUUUCUAAUAUUAUUCAAAUUGCCCUUGAGAACAUUUUAGAAAACAAAUUGUAUUGGGUUACAUUUGAAGGUUUUGUAAAAUGGAGAAAUGUUUUCGCUGAUAUUUUGAAUACUUACAAUUCAAUAAUAAGUAUUGACUUCAGCGUUCUUAGAAGGUCAGCUAAGAUAAACGCGACAAACAAGUUAUUGGAAUCAUUUGAACGAUCUGUCGACACUAUUUCAACUAAAUUGUUCUUUAUUCACACCGACAUUGCUGAAGAAGACUUUGACUUAGAAGUACAAAGUGAAACCAUAGACUAUGAUGAUAUAGGAGUUUCCGUACAUAUUUCGAAGUACAUUUUAUAUUUCCUUAUCAAUCCUCUUGUUGCUAAUGUUUCUGGAAUAGCUCUGUUUAAAAAUAAAAAGUCUGGAGAAAUACAUCAACAAUUAAAAGGAGCAUUUAUAAAUGAACAUUACCGAUUUCUCCAAACAAAUCAUGACAUUAAUGAUGUUGUAAAAGAACCAAACCUACAACUUGGUGUUUAUUUACCAAACCAUCUUUUAGCUAAAUUAAAAGCAUUAUCUGGCUGGCUUUCAUCCGCAAACAAUAAAAGUGACCCUAUUGUUGUUGUUAAGGUAUACUCAAAUGACAAACUGUUUCAACAUUCUACUGGAUCUAAAAAGCUUUUAAGUCGUAUAGUUUCGAUAUCAUUACCUGGAUACAGUUCCAUUCUCCCUGAACCUUUACCACUUAUCUUAAGAAGGACGAUUAAAAACGAUGUAAAUAUGUCUGGUUCUUGUCAAUAUUGGAACUACGAAUACUGGGCAACUGAUGGUAUAUUAACGCUAAGCCAAUCGGAAACUAAAGAAGGUGUGGUGGUAUGUCUUUUAAGGCACUUGGCACCAUCUGCAUAUCUUAUAGGAAAUAAUAUUUAAACUGAAAAGUAUAUAAAAAUAAAUGAUCCAAAAUUUCAUAAAAAUAUCAUCAAUAUUACACUAUUAGCUUGCUGCCUAAUCUUUUUGCUUUUGGGAGUAAGACGCUUUAUACUGCAAUGAAAUAAUCGAGCUUCUAGUCAUCGCCUAUUAAAUAAUUUGAUUGACAACAAAAAGCGCUGAUUUUAAAAUUGUAUUUUAGUAAAAAUGUAUAUGUAAUCUAUAAAUAUUGCGUAAAUAUUUAAUACUAUUUAGCCUACAGUGACCUCAGUCGGUUUAAUAUUUAAUUGUUACAUAUGCACAAAGCGUUCUAACCGAAAUUUGUUCUGUGUUGACCUCAAUAAAUAAGUGCCAUAUAUCCUGGCCUGGACACCUUUGCGCAUGAUAAUGGGUCACAAACUGUAUGUUGGAAACUUUCAACCGGAACAUCUGAUAGAAAUUAAUAAAUAUUUACGCUUAAUGUUUGUAAACUCAUAAUUAAAUGCAUUGCGUAUUUCUCUCUAUGCUAGACCUUAGUAUACAUCCCUGUAGUUCUAAUUCCUAUUUAAUAAAUAUCAGUACCAAAUAAUGAAAUUGGUUAGGAACUGUUUUAUGCAGCUUAUACACUCAAAAAAGGAAACCGUUCUGGCUUUCAGUAUUUUCGAUCUCAAAAGUAAGCCAAGAUCGAUUCAUACUAAAAAUCCUAAAAUCGUCAUUGAAGUCUUCUCGGUUUCCAAACGGGUUUUUGAGAAUGUUCGAUCCUUAUUUCGAGAAGACCCGUUCUCGGUUUCAACAUCGCAUCAAUUUUGAUUUCGGUAUGAAUCGGUCUCGGAUUCAACAUCUCAUUGAUCUCGAUUUCCAGAAGAACAGUUCUUGGAUUCAACAUCGCAUUGAUCUGACUCCCGGAAUCCAUUCUCUAUAAAAAUGCUAAGUUUUUUUAAAUUUAUAUAUAUUUAAGCAUUACGGCUUAAAUGUCAUUAUUCAGUCUAUAUACAUGGAGGAAGGGCGUUACAAAAUUACAAAAUAAUAGUCCCUAAGAUAAAAGCAGAAUGUUUAAUAUUACCCGGCUUUGCGCUUCGCAAGGAAAAAUGUUGAUUAGCUUGUCCAACAACUUGGAAAAUUCUGAACAACAAUAUUGUUUUGAAAAUUUUUUCUAUAAUGAUAUUAGUGUUAGAAUUCCUUCGAUUUUCUGUCAACACUUUGUUGUUUAGUAAAUCGAGGCCAAUUUCAGUCGAUUGGAGCUCAAUGAAAAAAAUGAAUUUUCAUUCGGAAAAAUUUGAUUUGAAUAAGAUGAGAUAACCUUUUUCAGCACAUUAUUGGUCGUUUUAUUUGAAAACCCACUUGAUUCUUUUUUUCCUUAAACUGAAAUCGGCACUGAGACUAAGAAAAUUUUAAAGAGAAAAAAUUAACUAUAAAUAUCUAUAUUUCUUA